AUGGAAGCUGAUCACUCUAUUUUAUUUAGAUAUGGUAUUCGAAACUCAUUUACUUUUGAAAAUAAAACAGCAGAAGAAUCCCUAAGAGAUCUGUCGAUUCGUCUUCAUACCUUCAAACUAGAAUUGAGAUGCAAAAGAAAUUUGUUACGACACUACGAUUACUGCUUACUGGAUUAUGAAAAAAUACACGAAGGAAAACGUUACUGGUCUGCAGAAGACAUAAAUGAUUUCAAAUGUGAAUCAGAGACAUAUUUCCACUUAAUCAUUAAACAAUGCACGGAAAUUUCAGUGUUAACAGGAAUGCAUUUUCAAAAAGCACCAACACUUUGGACCAAUGUGCCAUCAAAUUUCGGAGCGCGAUCUCCAAUGACACUCAUCAAUCGAUCUACUUUGGAAACGAGAUCAUCUUCAACACAUGCUGUAUUUUUUUCAGGAAGGUUUGGAAAAAAAGAAAGAGAUACUCGUAACGGAACAGUAAAACAUGAAAAGGAAGGUGUCGAUGAUUGGUCUUUGGUUCCAGUGACUACCGAAAGAAGCCAGUUGACUAAAACCAACUACCUUAUUGCUAAUCAAGAAAACGAAAUUUUAGUAAAUAACAAACUGCUGAAAUCAUUUCCUGCCUCAAUAGAACAACUUACAGAUAUAUUAGAAGCUGAUCAUAAGACUUUACUGUGUGGUAUAAAUAUGGGGCAACUGAAGAAAACUCAUAUAGAAAUUUCACUAACUCGAGAAGUUCUAAAACUUGGAAAAAUAUCUGCCGGCUAUCUCCGACAAUUGCUUAAAUAUCUGGAGACACAAAUAUAUUUAUUUAUUCAAGAACUCCUUCAGUAUCGAGACCCAAAGCCUAUGGCAAGCAGCCAAGAAAAUAUUCACGAAAAAACGUUCAAUGAUACAACUGAUGGAUAUACGUACUCGUUUAAAGAAAGUAAUUCGCAAAACGAAACGAAAUCGUUGUCACAAUAUUCAAAUAUGGAGAUGAAUUUAAAAUUUCGAAACUCAAUUGACCAGAAAUCUAAGAGAGGCUCUCAAAUGCUUCUCAAUAUCCCAAAUUUGGAAAAACCCAAGUGCCUCCAAAUCUCAUAUUGCAAUAAUGUAAUUAAAAGAGUGAUAAGCCAUACAAAACACAGAUUAUCCGAUAUGCCAAAGCGUUUGACUAUUGACCUCAAAUUAAAUAACCUCAUGUUGUUAUUAUUCUGUUGUAUUUUCUGUUAUUUUACGUUACCUGUGAUUAUGCAUGAAAUCAGUCGAUUUUCCGAUAGUUCUAUGUAUGACAGCUCCACUUUAAAAUUUUAUUCAUACAUCAGGCAUACAGUGAAAAACGCAACUGAAACAUAUUCAGUCUUGUGUUCCAAACUUUUUGACAUCACCUUGAGCCUUCAAUAUUCAGAUGGUUAUCGUCCUAUAUGA